CCUCCCUCCCCGCGGCGGCCGCGGCUACUCAGUGCGCGGCGAACAUGGCGGCGGCGGUCGGGCGGGACACUUUACCUGAGCACUGGUCCUACGGCGUGUGCCGGGACGGCCGCGUCUUCUUCAUCAACGACCAGCUUCGCUGCACAACCUGGCUACACCCGCGCACCGGGGAACCAGUCAACUCUGGCCACAUGAUCCGCUCAGACCUGCCCCGCGGCUGGGAGGAGGGCUUCACGGAGGAGGGCGCCAGUUACUUCAUCGACCAUAACCAGCAGACCACAGCCUUCAGACAUCCUGUGAGUGGGCAGUUUUCUCCAGAAAAUAGCGAAUUUAUUCUUCAAGAAGAGCCAAAUCUGCAUAUGUCGAAGCGAGAGAGAAACCAAAGACCGUCCAGCAUGGUCAGUGAAACGUCCACGGCUGGGACCACUUCUACCGUGGAGGCCAAGCCUGGCCCCAAGAUCAUAAAGUCCAGUAAAGUCCACAGCUUUGGGAAGAGGGACCAAGCCAUUCGGAGGAACCCCAAUGUUCCGGUGGUGGUGAGGGGCUGGUUGCACAAGCAGGACAGUUCUGGGAUGAGGCUGUGGAAGAGGAGGUGGUUUGUGCUUGCUGAUUAUUGCUUGUUUUACUAUAAAGACAGCCGAGAAGAAGUGGUCCUUGGGAGCAUCCCUCUGCCCAGCUACGUGAUCUCAACAGUGGCCCCCGAGGAUCGCAUAAGUCGCAAGUAUUCCUUUAAGGCCGUGCACAUGGGGAUGCGAGCACUCAUCUAUAAUAGCUCCACCAGGGGCUCUCAGGCCGAGCAGUCAGGCAUGAGGACCUACUACUUCAGUGCCGACACCCAGGAGGACAUGAACGCUUGGGUCAGGGCCAUGAACCAGGCUGCACAGGUGCUAUCUCGAUCGUCACUGAAGAGGGACAUGGAGAAGGUGGAGCGGCAGGCGGUCCCCCAGGCCAACCACACAGAGUCCUGUCGAGAAUGUGGCCGCGUGGGACCUGGACAUGCAAGGGAUUGUUCUCAUCGCAAACGCGAGGAUUCCUUUGGAUUCGAGAGGCGGGAGCAGGAGGAAGACCGGUACCGCUCCCAGAGGGACCCACUGGAGGGCAAGCGGGACAGGAGCAAGGCCAGGUCCCCAUACUCACCCACCGAAGAGGAUGCCUUGUUCGUGGAUUUACCCUGUGGCCCAAGAGGCCAGCAGGCUCAGCCCCAAAGGGCAGAGAGGAACGGUGUGCUGCCUGGCACAUCUGGCCCAGGAGAGCAGAACGGGACUGGCGGGUACCAGCGGGUCUUUCCUUCCAGGACCAACGCUGAGAAGCACAGCCAGAGGAAGAGCAGCCUGGCGCACGUGGAGCAAUGGGCAAAGACCCAGAAGGCGGACGGCAGGAGCCUGCCCCUGGACCAGACCCUUCCUCGCCAUGGUCCCAGCCAAUCCCUGUCCUUCCCAGAAAACUACCAGACUCUUCCCAGGAGCAGCCGACACCCCUCAGGGGGCUCUUCGCCCCCUCCCCGCAACCUGCCGAGUGACUACAAGUACGCGCAGGACCGAGCCAGCCACCUGAAGAUGUCGAGUGAGGAGCGCCGGGCACACCGGGAUGGCACGGUGUGGCAGCUCUACGAGUGGCAGCAACGCCAGCAGUUCCGGCACGGCAGCCCCACGGCGCCCAUCUGUGCCGGUUCCCCGGAGUUCACCGACCAGGGCCGAAGCAGGAGCAUGCUAGAGGUGCCCCGCUCCAUCUCUGUGCCUCCAUCUCCCUCGGACAUUCCUCCCCCGGGACCCAUGAGGGCCUUCCCACCCCGGCGGCCACACACGCCAGCAGAGAGGGUCACUGUGAAGCCACCGGACCGGAGAAGGAGUGUGGACAUCUCACUGAGCGGUUCUCCCAGGAAGACAUGGGGCCACACCACCAAGAACUCCUCUCAUCUGGACCGACGCUCCAUGCCCUCCAUGGGUUACAUGACCCACACUGUCAGUGCUCCCAGUUUACAUGGAAAAUCGGCUGACGAUACCUACCUCCAGCUGAAGAAAGACCUGGAGUACCUGGACCUAAAGAUGACAGGCCGGGAUCUUCUCAAGGACCGAAGUCUGAGGCCAGUGAAGAUUGCCGAGAGUGACAUUGACGUUAAACUGAGCGUCUUCUGUGAACAAGACAGGAUCCUCCAGGACUUGGAAGACAAGAUACGAGCCCUCAAGGAGAACAAAGAUCAGCUGGAAUCCGUGCUGGAGGUGUUGCACAGGCAGAUGGAGCAGUACCGAGACCAGCCCCAGCACCUGGAGAAGAUUGCCUACCAGCAGAGGCUGCUGCAGGAGGACCUUGUCCACAUCCGGGCAGAGCUCUCCAGAGAGUCCACUGAGAUGGAAAAUGCCUGGAAUGAAUACCUGAAGUUAGAGAGAGAUGUGGAGCAGCUGAAGCAGACCCUGCAGGAACGACACAGAAGAGCCUUUUUUUUCCAGGAGAAAUCGCAGAUACAGAAGGAUCUCUGGAGGAUCGAAGAUGUCACUGCAGGCCUGAGUGCAAAUAAAGAGAACUUCAGAAUCCUGGUGGAAUCGGUCAAAAAUCCGGAGAGGAAAACAGUGCCUUUGUUUCCUUACCCGCCUGUGCCUUCAAUCUCCUCUUCUGAGAGCAAGCCGUCCCUGCUGCCCAGCCCUCCCACCAGCCCCAUGCGGACCCCUCUGGAGGUUCGACUCUUCCCCCAGCUGCAAACCUACGUGCCGUACCGACCUCACCUGCCCCAGCUGAGGAAGGUGAUGUCUCCCCUUCAGUCACCAACCAAGACGAAGCCCAAAGUUGAAGACGAGGCACCUCCCAGGCCCCCGCUCCCUGAGCUCUACAGCCCGGAGGACCAGCCCCCGGCCGUGCCACCUCUACCGAGGGAGGCCACCAUCAUCCGGCACACUUCAGUGAGGGGCCUCAAGCGGCAGUCGGACGAGAGGAAACGAGACCGGGAGCAGGGGCAGUGUGUGAACGGGGACUCGAGGGUGGAACUCCGGUCAUACGUCAGUGAGCCUGAGCUGGCGACCUUCAGUGGGGACAUGGCCCCUCCCUCCCUGGGACUCGUGGGCUCUGAGAGCAGGUACCAGACGUUGCCAGGCAGAGGGCUCUCGGGGUCCACGUCAAGGCUCCAGCAGUCGUCCACCAUUGCUCCCUACGUCACGCUUCGGAGGGGUCUAGAUGCCGAAAGCAGCAAGGUGACCUACCCUAGACCCAGGAGUGCCUUGGAGCGCCUGUACUCAGGGGACCACCAGCGGGGCAAGAUGAGCGCGGAGGAGCAGCUCGAGCGCAUGAAGCGGCACCAGAAGGCGCUGGUCCGGGAGCGCAAGAGGACGCUGAGCCAAGGAGAGAGGACGGGUCUGCCCUCGUCCCGCUACCUCGGCCAACCACUCCCUGGAGAUCUCGGCUCAUGGAAGCGCGAGCAGGACUUUGACCUGCAGCUGCUGGAACGGGCCGUACCAGGGGACAGAAAGGACAAGGAGGAGAAUGGCUGGCUGAAGGUGCAGGCUAUGCCUGUCACUGAGUUGGACCUGGAACCACAAGACUAUGACGUGGACAUCAGCAGAGAGCUCUCCAAACCAGAGAAGGUCUCCAUCCCCGAGCGUUACGUGGAGCUGGAUCCUGAAGACCCGCCCAGCCUGGAGGAGCUGCAGGCGCGGUACCGCAAGGCCGAGAAGAUCCGUAACAUCCUUACCCGGUCCAGCAUGUGCAACCUGCAGCCGGUGUCUGGCCAGGACCGGGAUGGCGUGGCCGACCUGGACUCGCAGCUGCAGGCGCAGGAGCGCAUCAUCAACAUCUCCUACGCCCUGGCCUCAGAGGCCUCCCAGCGCAGCAAGCAGGUGGCAGCGCAGCAUCUGGCCCUCCUCCCGCCUAAAGCCCCCCUGUCCUCCAGGACGGUGCCACCUUACCCCCCCUUAAACAACGGACUCCACUACACCUUUGUCUAACACCUUCCAACCCAGGCAGUGACUGACCCGUGAUCCAGCGUGCAGAGAAGUCUGGAGCCAGGGGCCAGUGGAACCAGUUUCCUCCGAGAAGAUUGAUCCUUCUUCCCCUUCCAGCUGAGCCGGGGUUCAGGCCGGAGGACAGAGCACCACCAGCUGUGGGGCAUUCACCACAGGGCUAGGGCCUAACACCCACGCUUGUUUUAGUUCAGACUCCUUUUUACAUGUGACAAAGGCACUUUUAAUACACACUGUAAAAUACUGACUCUGUAUUUUAGAAUCAGGCUAUAUUUUAUAAUGUUCACCUCAAGGGCUGAGUGGCUGAGAAGGUGAGGAUGCAGGAUUUUGGAGCUGCACAUACAGAUUCAGGUACCGUUUGGGUGGUGGGUGUGGGUGGGAGCUGAAGGGCAGGGUGAGCAGAGGCCAGUCCAGCAUCUGCUGAACUCAGGUGAGGUUGGAUUGGAGAUGUACUUCCAGUGGAUUCCAGUGUUGGGCUCAUUGGUGUGUUGUCCAGGGCAGUGAUCAGCUGACCCUGACCUGGCCUGAUGACCAGCUCUGUAGGGUGAAACUCCACCGAGCUGGCACGUGGAGCCUCGGCCUUGGGUCUGGCUUAGGCCCAAAGGUGUGUCCAAGAACUUCGGUUCCCAACCUGCCCAUGAGGUUCUCUCAGCAAAGGGCUCUUCAAAAAAUACAAAAACAGUUCGCUGUAAUUAAAAAAAAAAAAAAAAAAAAAACACUUUGAAAUACAGAAAAGGUGAGAAGAAACACCUUUGAUUUGUAUCAUAAGCAAUAAACGUCACACUGGGUGGCAUCUACCUACAGCUCCCCGAGUCCGCACUAGGCUGUGAUAGGUAACCCGGGCUCGUUGCGGCUGGCCCCUGAGAACACAGGUCAGCCUACCCAGGACUUGGGUCAGGUGGCAGGUGGGCAGGCAGCGGGCCCCUGCCCUCCCUCAUGGCCAGCAGGGCCAUGAUGACAGGACUAUGACUUGACUUCCAGCCUAAAACGGGGAGGGUGCUGUUAAGCCAGGCUCAGUGUUUGUGGCCCUUUAUGUAAGUCAUGAUAUUCUGCAUUCGGAAAAUGAAGUUGGAAAAAAACAAAACAACUCCAUUGGGUGGAGCCACACUUUAAAUGAAAAUUUGUCUUUGACUGUGGUCAGAAAAAUCAUCUUGAAUAUAUUUAGAAGUUGCCGUCUAUUUUUAACUAACUCCAUAUGCUGCCAGUAUCAACCUCAUGACAUUUGCCAAAAUAAGAUUUUAUUUUUGCCUUUAUAAGAUUUUGUUGGAAAAAAUGAAAUGACUAUUUUGCAAGAAAAAGUUAAUUUAAAUAAAACUGUAAUGGUUUGCAAAAAAAAAAAAAAAUGUGAUGUACAGAUUAAACU